AUGGCCACGUUGGAGAGAAAACAGAUGGUUUUGAUAACGUGCAUGGCGGUUUUGGCUAUGGAAAACGGAAUGAAGAUGGCAACAGCAUCCUUGAGUUUGCUGAAAGAUAAAGGAAACUACAAGGCUAUGGUGAAGUACAUAGAUGUUAAUUUAUGGAAAAAUUACAAUGAAAUUUCAAACUUGGAUUUAUAUGCUUCACAGGAGGUAAUCAUUAACAUGUGGAUUGUAUUCAAAUCAGUGAUAUUGGAGGCAGCAAAUAUAUUUGUUCCUACGUUUGGUUUUGAAUCACCAAAGUUGAAGUUUUCUGAUGAACUAGAGUGCCUAAUAAGAUUAAAAAGAAAUACCUGGGAAAAAUAUUCUAAAUCAAAGGAUAUUAUGCUUUUUAAUAAGUUUAAAUCAAUACGAAACCAGAUAAAAAGAAAAAUCUAUGAACUAAAGUCUGACAUUGCCAAAAAGUUUGCUAAAUUUUUCAAUAGUGACUUUUGUUCAGAUGCAGGUAACAAUGAAAAUGUACAUUUUGAAAAUAAUUUUGUGAUGGCUGAGGGUGAAAUGAUACCUCUUGUUUUGUUGGAAGAGAUUGUCUGUGAUAAAAUGAAACGUCUAGAGAUAUAUAAAUCAGCAGGCCCAGAUAAUAUUUGUGGGGAAAAUUUCGGUAGAAUGUGCUGA